GGGAGCUCCGGCGGGGCCCGAGGGGUUUCUCCUGCUUCUCUCUUGCUGCCAACCGGGCGCCGGGGACUUGUUGAGAAAAGCGCGGAGCCCUUCCUUCCUUCCCUCCCUCCUUCCCUCCUUCUCUGCCCUGGAUCCCAUGGAGGAGGAGGACCCCGCCAUGGAGCAGCUGGAGGACCCCCGGGCCUCCUCCGGGCGGGACUUCGACCCCCUCACCGGCAACAUCCCCGCCACCAAAGUGGAAAUCACCGUCUCCUGCAGGAAUCUUCUGGAUAAAGAUACAUUCUCCAAAUCUGAUCCACUGUGCGUGCUGUAUACUCAAGGCAUAGAGACGAAGCAGUGGAGAGAGUUUGGCAGGACCGAAGUAAUCGACAACACCUUGAAUCCGGAUUUUGUGCGGAAGUUCAUCCUUGAUUAUUUUUUUGAAGAGAAGCAGAAUUUGCGUCUUGAUCUAUAUGAUGUUGACUCCAAGAGCCCUGACCUGUCAAAACAUGAUUUCCUCGGCCAGACAUUCUGCACACUUGGUGAGAUUGUUGGGUCACCAGGAAGUCGCCUGGAGAAGCCUUUGAUGAUGGGAGCAUUUACAUUACAUUCAAAAACUGGGAAGCCCAUGCCAUCUGUCUCCAAUGGAGGAAUUCCAGGGAAGAAGUGUGGCACCAUAAUUCUUUCUGCUGAGGAACUGGGUAACUGCAGAGAUGUGGCCACCAUGCAAUUCUGUGCCAACAAACUGGACAAGAAAGAUUUCUUUGGAAAAUCCGACCCCUUCAUGGUGUUUUACAGAAGCAAUGAGGAUGGGACAUUUACCAUCUGCCACAAAACAGAAGUGGUGAAGAACACUCUGAAUCCUGUAUGGCAGUCCUUUGCUAUCCCCGUGCGAGCUCUGUGCAAUGGAGACUAUGACAGAACUAUAAAGGUGGAGGUGUAUGACUGGGACCGAGAUGGCAGCCAUGAUUUCAUUGGAGAGUUUACAACCAGCUAUCGGGAACUGGCAAGGGGACAAAGCCAAUUUAACGUCUAUGAGGUAGUGAACCCCAAGAAGAAAAUGAAGAAAAAGAAGUACAUUAAUUCUGGAACAGUGACAUUGCUCUCAUUUGCUACAGAAUCAGAACACACGUUUCUAGACUACAUCAAGGGAGGGACACAGAUCAAUUUCACUGUAGCCAUUGACUUCACAGCUUCCAAUGGCAACCCCUCUCAGUCGACUUCACUUCACUACAUGAACCCUUACCAGCUCAAUGCCUAUGCCAUGGCACUGAAAGCUGUUGGCGAGAUUAUCCAGGACUAUGACAGUGACAAAAUGUUCCCAGCACUUGGGUUUGGAGCCAAGAUUCCACCUGAUGGGCGUGUGUCUCAUGAGUUUCCCUUGAAUGGCAACUCUGACAAUCCUCACUGUAGUGGCAUAGAAGGGAUCCUUGAUGCCUACCACCAGAGCCUCAAGACAGUGCAGCUUUAUGGUCCAACUAACUUUGCACCAGUGGUUAACCACGUUGCUAGGUAUGCUGCAGCUGUGCAGGAUGGUUCCCAGUACUUUGUUUUGCUCAUCAUCACUGAUGGUGUGAUUUCAGACAUGGCCCAGACAAAGGAAGCAAUUGUCAAUGCUGCCAAGCUUCCAAUGUCCAUAAUCAUUGUGGGAGUUGGACAGGCUGAAUUUGAUGCUAUGGUGGAGUUGGAUGGAGAUGAUAUUCGAAUCUCAUCCCGUGGAAAGAUUGCAGAACGUGACAUUGUUCAGUUUGUCCCAUUUCGAGAUUACAUUGACCGUACAGGGAACCAUGUCCUGAGUAUGGCACGGCUGGCUAAGGAUGUCCUGGCUGAGAUCCCAGAUCAGUUCAUCUCCUAUAUGAAGGGACGUGGCAUCAAACCCAACCCAGCACCACCUCCAUACACACCUACAGGGCAUACCCUUCAGACAGAGAUCUGAAGAUCAGAAGAGGGAAAUGAAAGAGCACUUCAGACAGGUGCCGAUGAAACACAAGUCACAUUCUUGUGUCACCUAUGAAUUCCCUGGGGGCAGACCUCAAAGCAAUGACCACACCACAGAAUGCAAAGCCACAGUCUACUCUUUCCAUCCCCAAAAGUCCAAAAGCAGAAACUGAUGUAUUCUGUAAUGUUGGCAUAUCAGUAUGCAUAAUUGGCAAAGACACCCCAGCAUUGAGAUGCAACAACUUGGGGAAAAUGUGGGUUUGUUUUUUAUAAAGGAAAAACCCGGUCAUUGCCAAACAUCUUCAGUCCGUAUUUGGGAAGGUCAAGAAAGUGACAGGAAUCCUGUCUGUCAUUUUGUUUUAUGGUGUGUGUGAUGGACCUACGACUUCCCUAAUCUUCCAAGCAUCACUCCUGUUUUCCUGACCCCACAUCAGUUUUUGAAUGACUUGGUUUUUUACAGUCCACCUGCCACCCUACGUCUUCUGCCUCUCCUCUUUGCUUUGUAUUGGCUCCGCUUAUGGAUUGACCUGGCAGGCUGAGUAUUGUGAUCAAGUAUCCAUGUGAUUUUUGUCUCUGGUGCUACUGGUGUUGCUGCUGUUCUUUGUUCUGCAUCUUUUCCCUUGGUUGUUAAAAUCCCCUUUAUUCUUUGUAAAUCUACUUUUGGCAAAUAUUUGUGCAAACCUGGAUUGUUUGUUCAUUGGUUUGCUUGUGUGCCUCUGUUAAAUUCCCCUUGCAUUUUUAUAAAUGUCCUGGUUUUCAGGGAAGUACAAUUUUUAGAGUUUGAGAUCUGGGAAUACCAAGUGCAGUAGGCUAUAUUUCAGAGUAAGGAACUGACAAAACCACCUUUGAGUAUUCAUUGCCCAAGAAAAUCUUAUGAAAUUCAUGGGGUCACCAUAACUCACACACAAACAAAUGUUCUAUGUAUGACAUUCUAAAUAAGGGAGAUGAAAAUUAAAAGUGGGCCAGAUUUUGACCUUAUUGCAGUUCUGACCAUCACGUUAGUAGCAUUAUAUGAAUAACAAGCCUUCUCGAGUCUUGAUGCUUCAAAUAUGUGUUUACAGAGAGAUGUAACUGUACAGACAGUUGCUUCCCAGGAAAGACAUGUGAUCCAUGAUUGUAAUUCUUUUCACACUUCUUAUGUUUCACUUUGAUGGGUCCUUGCAACAUGUUAAUCUUUUGUAAGAUGCAGAAUUGCUGCAUUAAAAAUUCCAGCUGGCCUGGAUCACAAAACAUGCAUAUAAUUCUAAAGGAGAGGUGCGAAACCUGUUCUUCUCCAGGUGUUUUUGGACUUCAAGUCCCAUCUGCCUCAGGUAGCAUGCCAAAUGAUCAGACAUGGUGGGAGCUGUAGUACAAAAGCCUCUAGAGGGCUACAGGCUCACUAUUCCUGCUUUGAAGAAAUCUAGGUAGAGAAUUUCAAGAAGUUCCCCAGCAGUUACUACUACUACUUUAUUCCUGGGAAGCCCUUGUAUUGCUUAUUUGUUUCAGUUAAUAACACGGUCCUUUUCCAUUGACUCAGGGUGGCUUUCACUUUACAAAUGUGCUCACAGUUCUUAGUUAAGAAGAUCAUCCAGUCCCUUGUUAACACCAAAUGUUCCAGACAAGUGGCCUUUUCUGCUUCUGCUUCACUUACGGAUCUCCCCACUAAUAUUUCUGGCAUAUAAGUUUUCUCUUUAUUAUUCAACAUCUUCUUCCUCUUCCAUAGUCACCUAGUUCCCCAGGUGCACUUCAUUUCCCUUCACUAUAGUCCCAAUACUGCCAGAAACACAUUUCCAUCUCUUUCCAUAACAAUAGUGACUGCCCAAAACCACUGAGGGUCUGCUAUCCCCACAUGAUGUUACUCAAGCAGUUUCCAAAACCAUCAAGUUCUUAGGGUGCAUUUAUACUGAAGAAAUAAUGCAUAUUGACACCACUUUUACUGCCAUGGCUCCAUCCUACAGAAUCUCAGGAUUGUGGUUUGUUGAGAUAUCAGCACUCUUUAGUAGAGAAGGCUAAAGACUAGUUAAACUGCAAAUCCCAGGAUUCCAAGGGAUGGAGCUCCAGCACUUAAAGUGGUUUCAAGCUGCAUUGUUUAUGCAGUUUAAAUGCACCCUUAAGAGGAAAAUGAGGUGAAACCAAUAAGAAAUUAUGGACAGUGAGUUCCUAACUGCUCCAUGAUUAAUGGUCACAGUUCAAGAAGUUUCUGAGGGUCUGAAGGUGGUGUUUAUGCAAGCCCACAAAAAUAUACUCCAGACUCCACUUUUCAUGUCUGAUCUAUCCUCAAUAAAGUAUACAUAUCUGAUCUGACCUUCACGGG